AUGUGCUUCUGUAUCGGAAUUUUCAGGUCCAAACCCAAGGAGCCCGAGGUGGUCUCCAUCAUCCAUCGGGUGAAGAUGGCCGAGGAUGAGACAUCCUCUGUCAACCUCCCAAGCGAACAUCAGCGUGAGCCAGCGCAAGACUUGUGGAACAGGUUCUUCAGACGGAGAGAGUCGGGAAAGCCAGAGUCCGAGAAGUCGGAAUCCGUCAAUAACGCGAGCCAUCGUCCGAAGGCGACUUUAGGGAUUCUUAGCGACAAGGAGACCGAUGAAGUACCAGGAACGGUGCUAUUGCUCUCUUCGAAUCGUAACGAACCAUUGGGUCUGCGACACCAGCAACGGCGAACAUCCGCAUCUUCUCUACCUAAUGUCAUUCCUUCAUCUCAUUCUUCGUCGCGCACGCCGGCUCCCCAGCUAAAGAAGACAGCAGAUGGCCGGAUUGUACUCAAUCCGCAGCCAGAUGAUUCCGCCAAUGACCCACUGAACUGGCCCGUGUGGCGGCGCGAUGCUGCGUUGCUCUCCCUGGGCUUCUACUGCUUAAUGGGAGGAGGAAUGACACCGGUUCUUGCUGCUGGGUUCAACCAAGUCUCUGAGAGCUACGGUGUGAGCACUCAGAAAGUGGCCUACACUACCGGACUGUACAUGUUAGGACUCGGAGUUGGGUCGGUUAUCAUGUCACCAACUGCAAUUUUAUGGGGAAAGCGACCGGUCUAUCUCCUAGGGGCUACACUCUUUGUCCUUUCUGCUGUGUGGUGUGCCUUGUCUCCAAAUUACCCCAGUUUGGUGGUUGCUAGAGUCUUUCAAGGAAUCGCCGUCAGUACCGUCGAGUGUCUUCCCUCGGCCACUAUUGCCGAAAUCUACUUUCUACAUGAGCGAGCAUAUCGUGUUGGCAUCUACACUCUUCUCCUUCUUGGUGGCAAAAAUCUCGUGCCUCUGGUUAGCGCUGCUAUUAUCGGCAAUCUGGGAUGGCGUUGGGUGUUUUGCAUUGUCGCAAUCAUUGUUAGUGCUUGUGUUGUCCUCCUCUUCUUUUUCGUCCCUGAAACAUUCUGGGAUCGCACACCGCGUUGUCAUCGGUCUCACAGGCGUCCUCAUAUGAUACGGAACGUAUCAGACCUUAUCCGGGGUCGACAACUUCACCACCAUCUAGAGGACGGAGCCUUGAAUGGAGAUCCUAUCUCACCUGCUCCAAGAAAGUCCAACAAGGGUCACGUCGGCAUUGCGGAGGACCAAGAUCAGGAAGGAAACCAGGUAGAUGAAAAGGAAAGAAACCAUGAAGAUCACGACCAGAUAUUGCCAUCCGAGACGCCAGCCGAGGACAAUGACCAGCUGGGCUUUCCAGAUCCCGAGAAGCAUGACGCAUCCCUACAAAUACCUGCUCCAGCAGUCACUUGUGAGUCGGGCGCUCAGCAGGAUCUCAAAGCCGCUAGGCAAGCUACUGUGACACUGGCGCGUAGCGAAUCCGUACAUUCAACCCGACCACUGCCUCCAGGGCAGGUGUAUACCAACCGACUACGAGAGAAACCUCAAAUUCCUUUUGCGCAUUAUCUGCGAGUCUGGAAUGGGCGCAUUUCGCACGAUAAAUGGUUUCGAGUCGCCAUGCGGCCGUUCAUUCUGUUCGCCUACCCGGCUGUUCUCUGGUCAUCAGUAGUGUAUGCACUGUCGGUCGGAUGGCUCAUCGUGGUGUCUGAGUCCGUGGCGCAUCUGUAUCAGGGCUCGCAUGGUUACAACUUCACACCUUUACAGACAGGCCUGAUUUAUAUCUCCCCGUUUGUUGGCGGUCUUUUAGGAACGGCAGUGGCGGGCAGAGUAUCAGACGUGAUUAUGCAAUUUAUGUCCCGGCGCAAUGGAGGCGUUUACGAACCUGAGUUCCGUCUUGUCAUGGCCAUUCCUAUUGCCCUAUCAACUUCGGCAGGACUGAUGGCGUUCGGAUGGAGCGCGGAGGUGAAAGAUUCCUGGAUCGUGCCUACAAUCUUCUUCGGUCUGAUUUCAUUUGGAUGCUGUCUAGGCAGCACGACAUCAAUUACUUUCUGCGUGGAUAGCUACCGGCAGUAUGCCGGUGAGGCCUUGGUGACUCUGAAUUGGAGCAAGAACGUAUUUCACGGCCUGAUUUUUUCGUUGUUCAUUGUCGACUGGCUUGAGGCAGACGGCGCUCGGACAGUAUUCCUCGCAUUGGGAGGCAUUCAACUCGGAUGUUUGUUGUUCUCGAUACCCAUGUACAUGUACGGCAAGCGGGCUCGGAUGUGGACGGUCCGGAAGAAUUUGAUGGAGAAGUUUUGA